CUCCUCCAGCACUCGACUCCUAGCUCCUGGAUCUCUCGCUCUCACUCGGCUCCGUGUCUCUCUGUGAGAAACCAGACGUUCUGCUACAAUGAGGAACCUGAUGGCUCUGCUGUUUCUGAUGUCGCUCUGCUCUCUUCAGCUGGUGUUUAGCGCUCAAACGAGUUUAGACACGAUGCUCUGCUGUGAAGGCACAUCUACAAUGAAGAUCCCAGUAAAGAACAUUGUGAGAUACUGGUGGACCAGCAGCGACUGCCCCAGUAAGGCCAUUGUCUUUGAGACUUUUAACAAGAAAACGAACGUUGAAAAGAAAUUCUGUCUGGAUCCUACGGCCGCUUGGGUCUCCAAAUACCUUAACGAAGAGGAAAUGAGAAACAAAUCCCCAAUGGAUCAGCAAACCUCUGAGACUCAGCAGUAGAUGAUU